AUUUGUACAGGAACUACACGUAAAAAUAUUUGCUCUGCUAUGAGUCUAGGCGUCAACAUGUUGGAUGCGGAAUUCGCCUACCUGAGGGAGAAUGCAAUUCGUAAACUGUCAGAAACAAUGAGUUCUUCUGAGGAAGUAUCAUGGAUAUCAUGGUUUUGUGGCCUUCGAGGGAAUGAAUUCUUUUGUGAGGUUGACGAAGAUUACAUACAGGACAAAUUCAACUUAACUGGUUUAAGCGAGCAGGUGCCCCACUAUAGACAGGCUUUGGACAUGAUAUUGGAUUUGGAACCAGAUGACGAGCUCGACGACAACCCCAAUCAGAGUGACCUGAUUGAGCAGGCUGCCGAGAUGCUGUAUGGCUUGAUCCACGCACGCUAUAUUCUCACCAACCGGGGAAUUGCACUCAUGAUUGAAAAGUAUCAGAACGGAGACUUUGGCUACUGCCCACGUGUUUACUGCGAGAACCAGCAAGUGCUCCCCAUAGGUCUUUCGGACGUACCUGGUGAAGCGAUGGUGAAGUCCUACUGUCCCAAGUGCAUGGACGUGUACAACCCAAAGUCGUCUAGGUAUCACCACACAGAUGGAGCUUACUUUGGCACGGGGUUUCCACACAUGCUAUUCAUGGUGCAUCCUGAAUACCGGCCGAAGAGGCCAGUCAACCAGUUUGUGGCCAGGCUGUAUGGCUUCAAGAUUCACCCUAUGGCAUAUCAGCUACAGCAGCAGGCAGCGAGCAACUUCAAGGCGCCCAUACGAGGCAUGAGCUACAACAAUGGGAAACGCUGAACUGUUUCUUUUAGUGUUGCUUCCGUCUCCACAGUUUCUUCUCCAUCUGCCCCUCCCCAUUCUUCAAAGCAUGUGCCGUUAACGAAACCCUCACCCAUUGAAGACGUUAAUGAUCCAACACAGUGAAUAAGUACUUUUUUUUUAGUUCUUGUGGGAAGGUAAUCUCCCGAUCCUGCUUUAUUAUCCUCUUAGAUCUGUUGAUUUCUCAAGGUGACUGAAGUACUUUUUUUUUUUUUUCUGGCUGUGUGGUUUAGACAUUCUGUUUUCCUCCUUUUUACUGAAAGCUCCCAUAAUGACAUUUUAACUGUUCUUUGACACUGGGUGUUUCCUUUGGAGAAUUUUGUUAUGCACACAUCUCAGGAGAGUUCUACGCAAAUGCAUUGUGGUUGACAGUGUGUGUUACUCCAAUUAAAUGGCACAAGAGAGUACAUGUGAAUAAGAUGACACAAGGCAUGUGAAUAAGACGACGAAUAGGCCCUGGGAUGUGUGUCAAGCUUGUUAUGUGUGUAGUGGACAUUGACAGCCCUAAGCAGUGUAUUCUGUGUAGAUGGUAACUUUUUGUAGAUUUUAUGUAAAGUGCGUGAUACUGGCUAUCCAACGUUGUUCCCAAUGAGUUGCCAGAACACAGUGUACUAACGAUAUUUUGUGCAAAGUGUAUUUGCUCAAGUGUAACCACUGCAAGCUGCGCGAUUAUCAGUUCAUUUGUCAACCGGACCAUAUCAUUAACUUUCCUCCCAUUUGCGUUAUUGUUGCCCAACGAAAUGCCUCUUCGAAAUGAUGUGGACAAAUCAAUAAUGCACACCCCCUGCACUGACCUGCCUGGUUAUUUGGGCAGUUUCCAUUCCUUCUGUUCAUCAUUGUAACGUUGCUUCGGAAACAGUAGGGCCAGAGAGCACAAAUUGUUGAAAAUGUUUCUGUUAACGAUAACGUGGUUUGGACUGUAACCUCCGCACCUUGUGCAGUUCUAGUGUCUGGGCACAAAAGCGCAGAAGUUCUGCGACUCCUUGAUACGAAAAAUGUAAAUUAUUUGUGUACUUCAGUACCCGACGAAAUUUGCGCUUGUGUGCCCCUCUUCGGACUGAUACAAGGGAGGGGCGGUCAGCCAUUGUUGUGUAAAUGGUUUGGCUAAUAAACCAAACGGGGAAGAAAUCUGAA